AUGGUGUCAGGAGUGAACGGCUCAAGCAGCGACUGCUACCGCAGCACAGCUAAAGGCCUUGCGCCCAGCCAAUUCACUGAACAAGAAGCAAACGCGGUCAACCAAAAAGAAGAUUACAAGACGCCGAAGGCACCUAGACAAAAUGGUAAAGGUCCAAAAGAUCAGCUAAGCGCCGAAUGCAAAUACUGCGGUAAAAGGAACGAACGGAAAAGAGAUAAGUGCCCUGCAUUUGGAAAAACCUGCUCUUCGUGUGGAAAACCCAACCACUUUGCAGCAAAGUGUUUCAAGAAUUCCCGCGAAUUCAAGAAGUGUUCACAGAAGUCUAAACGCAAGAAAGUGAACCAGCUCGAUGACAUCUCAGAUUCUUCUUCAGAAGGAGAGAUCUUGUCUUUGUCUUUGGCUCACACCGCUAACGCCGUGGACAUGUCAAAGCUCAAGAACAAAAUUUUCGCUCACAUGGAUAUAGGAAAUGAGUUAGUAAAGAUGCAAGUCGAUUCAGGAGCUUCUUGCAAUGUGCUUCCCUUCAAGUUUCUUCCAAGAGACACCGAAAUUAAAAAGACCAAGUGGAAGCUAAGCACGUACUCUAAAACGAAUUUGAAGGUGCUGGGAGUGGCGAAACUAUCCCUGCGAAACCCAAAGAACAAGAAGAAGUAUCGUGCUGAAUUUGCGGUUAUUGAUGAAGAUUAA